UUCUUAAACAGAAAUGUAUUUCACGUUUUUUUAAUCCCCAACUUGCUGUUUGCUUGAUUUAUAAGGAAUAGUAAGUCAUCUGAUUUUGGAUCACAGUCACUAUGUGGAAAAAACAUUUUGCCUUUUGCCUUUUGUUUUUGGCUGUUGCAACAGAUCAUGUAGCCUAUGGACAAAACAGAAAGAAGGGACAAAAGCCAAAUCCUCUUGCAGGAAAAGAUGAUUUUCAGGAUCCUGGGUGCUUCAUUGACAUGGUCUUUAUCUUGGACAGUUCUGAAAGUGCAAAAAAUGCAUUGUUCAGUGAGCAGAGAGAUUUUGUUAACAACUUAAGUGACAAAGUUUUCCUAAUAAAACCUGGUAAAUUCCAGAAGUAUGAUGUCAAACUGGCAAUUAUGCAGUUCAGCAGUACAGUCAAAAUUGACCAUCCUUUUGUAGCCUGGAAAGACCUAAAUAACUUUAAGCAGGAAGUCAUGAAAAUGAACUAUAUUGGGCAUGGCACCUACUCCUAUUAUGCAAUUUCCAAUGCCACUCAACUGUUUAAAACUGAAAGUCGUAAGGGAAGUGUAAAAGUGGCUUUGCUGAUGACUGACGGUAUUGACCAUCCAAAGAGUCCUGAUGUCCAGGGGAUAUCUGCAGCAGCCAGAGAUCUUGGAAUAUCAUUCAUUACCAUUGGACUGUCUAGUAAAAAGGUCAAUAAAUCAAACCUAAAUUUGAUAUCUGGGAAUUCUCCUAGUGAACCUGUUCUAACCCUAAAUGAUUCUAAUCUCUCAGAGAAAAUAAAAGAGCAAUUGGUUGCCUUAUUUAACACGCGGUGUGAGCGGAAGUCCUGUGAGUGUCAAAAGGGAGACCAGGGACCACCCGGCCCUCCUGGAGGAAUUGGUAGCAGAGGGGAUAAAGGUGAGCAAGGACCAAAAGGAGACAAGGGUGAUUCUCAAAAAGGAGAAAGUGGAGAAAAAGGUGAAGAGGGAGAUCCUGGCAACAAGGGAGAAAAGGGUGAAAGAGGAGAAUGUGGGACACCAGGCGUAAAAGGGGACAGAGGAUUAGAAGGUCCUCUUGGACGAAAAGGACCACGGGGACCACAGGGAAUCAGUGGACCUCCAGGCGAGCCAGGUCCAAAAGGUAUUCAAGGAAAUAAGGGAGAGCCAGGUCCUAGAGGUCCUUAUGGUCCCACUGGACCCCCUGGUGUUGGACUUCAAGGACCUAAGGGUGAUAGAGGCCAGGAAGGAAGAAUUGGGCCUCCAGGGCCUAUUGGAAUUGGUGAGCCAGGAUUAACUGGGCCUCGUGGUCCUGAGGGUGUACAAGGUGAAAGAGGUCCCCCAGGAGAAGGCAUUCCAGGCCAGAAGGGUGAAAAAGGCUCAGAAGGCCCACCAGGUCCAAUUGGAAUAGCAGGAGAAUCAGUCAAAGGUGCUAAGGGUGAACGGGGCCCUGAAGGAUCACAAGGGCCUAUGGGACAACCUGGAAUUGGCAGUCAAGGAAUCCAGGGUAUCCAAGGUCCUAAAGGUAUACCUGGGCCAAAAGGGUCUCGAGGCAUGGGUGUGCAGGGUCCAAAGGGAAAAGAAGGUGAAUUGGGACAAAAGGGGGAUCCAGGACCACCAGGAGUUGGAGUACCCGGACCGAAAGGAGAUCCAGGAACACCAGGAAUCCCAGGAAAUACAGGAAUGAUAGGACUGACUGGAAACGAUGGGAAAAAGGGGGAACAAGGAGUGCCUGGCUUAAGAGGCCCAGAGGGACCACCUGGGAAAGGAGAGGUUGGCCAAAAGGGUGAUCAAGGAGAAAAAGGAUCCCAAGGGGAUGCUGGUGCUAAAGGAUUACAAGGGUCUCCAGGACCAAAAGGUGAGCCUGGAAAUAAAGGCUCAGUUGGUAACCCUGGACCAUCCAUUCGUGGACCACCUGGACCAAAGGGGGAGCCAGGAGCAAUUGGGCUACCAGGAAGUGAUGGAAAUCCUGGAGAUUCAAUAAUGGGACCAAUGGGUAACCCAGGACUAACUGGAGCACAUGGGCUACCUGGACCAAAAGGAGAUGGCUAUCCAGGUGCACCGGGACCUCGAGGGCUGCCAGGCUAUCCAGGACCAAGAGGCCCAAAAGGCACAGGAGAUCCUGGACAAAAGGGAGAGCUUGGAGCAAGGGGACUGCCAGGACCUUCUGGGCCUAGGGGAAUAGGAAUAUCUGGUCCAAAGGGAGCUGUGGGACAGAAGGGUUUGCCAGGUCCACCUGGCCCUCAAGGGGAUAGCAUACAAGGAAGCAAGGGAGAACAAGGACUUCCAGGUUUACCAGGACCUAGGGGUUCAGAGGGAUAUGGCCUCCCUGGCUCAAAGGGAGAUUAUGGGGAGAAAGGUGAUCCAGGAAAGAAAGGUGACAAAGGAGAUAUUGGAGAACCGGGACCUGUAGGACCAACGGGGUUUGUGGGAAGAAAAGGUGAACCUGGUCUUACUAAAGAAGAAAUUAUCAGACUUAUCAUGGAAAUAUGUGGCUGUGGCAUCAAAUGUAAAGAAACUCCACUGGAACUUGUAUUUGUGAUUGACAGCUCAGAAAGCGUUGGACCAGACAACUUCAGAAUUGUCAAAGAUUUUGUGAAAACACUCAUUGACAGGGUAACAGUCAGCCAAAAUACAGCCCGCGUUGGCAUUAUCAACUUCAGCCACAAAGUAGAGCUGGUAUCGACUCUGCAGCAGUACACGAGCAAAGAUAAGGUGAAACUUGCUGUUGAUAAUAUGCAGUACCUAGGGGAAGGCACUUACACAGCUGCAGCUAUCAGCAAAGCCAUUGAGAUAUUUCAAGUUGCACGACAAGGGGUAAGAAAAGUGGCUAUUGUAAUAACAGAUGGACAAGCUGAUACUCGUGAUCAAAGACUGGAUGUUGUAGUGAGAAAUGCGUAUGCCAUCAACAUCGAGAUAUUUGUAAUUGGGGUGGUUCAAAAGACUGAUCCUAAUGUUCAGGAGUUUCUGGAAGAAUUGCAACUCAUUGCUACGGACCCUGACAGUGAACAUGUCUACCAGAUAGAUGACUUCAUCACACUCCCAGCUCUUGAGAAUAAUCUCUUCCAACAAAUCUGUGAGAAUGACUCCAGCUCAUAUAUCACUAGAGUCUUCAGUUCAUCUUCAACUCCUCACCCUGGAUUUGAAACACCCAACGAACGUAAUAUUGAUCAGUUUGGUAAAACUCAAACUCCAGAACUUUAUGUCCCUCCUCCUACACAAGAAACUACCAAUUUUCUGAGCCUUCCAGAGACUGACAGAGAGACAGAGCUGUUGUCUUCCUCACUGGAUUAUACUGCUAGCACACCUUUUCAACGGAACAUUCCUGAUAGUCACAGACAACCAGUGACCUCUUCUCUUGAUGGCAGACCUGAUGACUUGGAAACUACAGCUCCUAGUCCAGAUAUUCCUCUGCCACUCGGUAUAAUCACAGAUGUAGAAUUGCCUUCAACAGUUUUGCAGCCUCAAGUAACAGCAACUAGAAAAGAUCCUAGAUGCUUGGAGCCUAUGAAACCAGGAGACUGUCGAGAUUAUCUGGUGAAGUGGUAUUAUGACAAGGAUGCCAAUUCUUGUGCCCGAUUUUGGUAUGGAGGUUGUAAUGGCACCAGAAAUAGGUUUGAUACAGGAAAAGAAUGUCAGGAUGCCUGUAUUCAUGGAUGAACAAAAACUAUCAGUUGGGAUUGGUGAAGCUGAAUGUUUCUGGCAUGUGUACAGGAAUGAACACUGGAGAAGAAUCCAGAAUGGUAUGCCCAUAUGAACACUACUAGUGUACCUUUAAGUGCUUGUCACAAUAUGACAUUCACAAUUACUAGAAUGUAGAUACACUCAUGUAUAGCAUAUAUUAUCUAGAUCAUCACAGUUAUGAUGUAUACAAAGGAAUCUCUCUUUUCCCUCCAACUUUGCUGUUUUAAUAUAGUACUGUAUAUGACACACACCAUUCCAAUUUUAGGAUUAAGAUGUCAAACAUUUUGAUACUCAGCAAUUAACAAUAAAGGCUUCAAUCUAUUUGAAAAAUAAAAUGUGCAACAGUUUUAAACAGAAAUUAGUGGUGCCUGAAAUUGUUUAUCUUGUUACAGCACUUAAAGCAGGAAAUGAAAAUUUGCCAUGUAUGAGUAUCCCUUGGGGAUUUAAAUAUCAUGGAUAUAACUGAAUUAGUGUUUUCUUCUGUUGAAGUAGGUUUGAAUUGAACACUAGAAUAAUUUUGUCAUUAGAAAGGUAAGCCCUGUCAAUUCCUUUUAUUAAAUAGUUAUGGUAAAAGCUAUGAGAGUCUUCAACUUUUAGGCUAUUCAACAUAUUUUGAUUUCUCAGGGCCCUGUAAAAUAGAAUGAAACAAAAAGCCAUAUACACUACAGUUAAAUAAAAUCAAUUAUGUUUCAAUUAAAAGGGAAAAGCACUGAAAAAUGUACGGAAAUCUUUAUUUCUAUUAUACUACGUUUUCCUUUCAGACCCAACCCUACUGAAGGCACUGUAUAAACUAAAACUGAAGAGCUUCUGAUUAAAUUAGUAUAAAGUAGUCUUGCAUUGUUAUUUGUUUGGAAAUACAGUACUUACGCCUGCAUAGGUGCUCAUGCCAAUCUUUUACAUUAUGAUCAUUAUGAUUAGAUGGAAGAUAAAAUAGCUGCUUACACAGUUUUAAGUUCCUCUUACUUAACUCUUAAGGACAUCACUGAAAGAAAUGCUGGAGUAUGUGAUUUUUCCAAAGGACUAGUGAUUUUGUGUGCCAAACCUGAGACACCUAAAACAAGGCAUAAUUUUCAGAGAAAGGGUGCUCAUCCAUUUUGGAAAACGCGUCCCUGGUAACGUGUUUCAAGUUGGAUAUCCAAACGGAGGCAGCCCAAAUCACUAGUCACUUCUCAAAAUAUUGCCUAUAUGUAUAGAACUAAUAAUAGCUAAUGAUGACUUCAUCCUGAAAAAUGAGGGAUUUAGUGUCUGGUUAGAAUAAAAGUCAAAAAUGAGGAGAGUACCAGGGAAACAUUGAGCUUCACGGUGUUGCUUGCUUAAAUACCAGGGGUUCAAAGAUUUAGAACAAAAUCAAGCUGUUAAAAGCUCAAAUACUAUAUUCUUUCACAAUAAAAAAAAAAAAGGUAAAUCCUCUUCACUUAUUUCAAAAUAUACUGAAAUUUAUUAACAAGGCCACCGAAAAUCUGCUGUUCUUUUGGCCAUAGCAACAGAUGCACUGCAAAUGAUAUGGAAAAACACUUGUGGGACCUAAGAUUUUACUGGCUCACCACAGGAUACGUGACCACACUUAGCAGGGCACAAUUACACAUUCAUUCUAAUAAUUCAAGACAGAACUCUUUAUUUUACAUGUAAUCUCCUCAAGUACCACCAGAUGGGGCAAAUAUAAAUUUUUUUUUACAAAGUCUCUCAUAGCAAGAAUAUAGACAAAGGACAAGAAAUUCUCUCUACUGGACAGGAAUUCUACAGAGCAGGGCAAAGAUUAGCAAUUCAGAUACAGAUCAGGUGGAAGAGACACUGAGGACGCUUCAGUCACUGCCACAAUGUUAUGCACAUGGAACCCAGCCUGUCCAGAUAUCGCUUUAGAGAUUUGUGUGAAAACAAAGCAAUGCUCACACAAGCUCUAUUUUAACCAAACAGCCUUUUAUUUUACAUUCUGAAAAAACACCAAGUGGGCAGCAUCUUGUCUGCUUCACAUGAAACAAGCUCUCCCAGGUUCUUUCACAUAUGUUAUGGAUGUUAUUAAAAAUAAGUUAUAUUUUGGUAAUUUCAA